UGCUCAUCCGACUCAGAGAGGCUAACCGGUUUGGGGCCGCUGUUUUAUGAAGAGGAUCUCCUCGCCGAUGACACCGAGGGUGAGGAGAUCGAGGAGGCGGACGUAGAUGUCACAAUGGUGGAGGUAAAACGGACGGAUUCUUAUGAAGCUGAUCCAGAUCAACCUCCACCAUUCUAAACUCGCGUCCGCGAAUCUUGAGGUCCGCCUGGCUGCCGGUGGACUUGACGUUGCCCUCAUCCAGGAGCCGUGGAUACUCGGCAACAAAAUCUGCGGGCUUGGGGUGAAGGGCUUUAAGCUAAUUGCCGCACAAAAUGCAGCUAAGUGACGGCGAUUUGGUAGCGGCAAGCAUAGAACUGGAUAAAACCAGCUUCUGGGUAGCCUCUGCCUACAUGGCCCAUGACAAGGACGCACCACCAGAGGAGGUUCGGACGUUAGUCAAGGAAGCAGCCUAUAAGAAAAAACAACUGGUUGUCUCCUGCGACGCUAAUGCUCACAAUUCGAUGUGGGGGAGUACGGACACGAACGCUAGAGGUGAGUCGAUACUAGACUUCAUUCUAGGAAAUAAACUUAGUGUCUUGAAUUUAGGCUCAGAGCCGACCUUUAUAACAAAGAGUAGAGAGGAAGUUUUGGACAUAACCCUGACUUCGGACUCGUUUGUCCAUAAAAUCAAGAGAUGGAGAGUACUUAGUGAAAAGUCUUACUCUGACCAUUGUUAUAUUCAAUUCGAAAUAGAUCUUAAGACCCCCCAU